GUUGAAUUGAGCCUCAGCUGAUCAACCACGAUACGACCGAUCACCAGAAAUUAAGCGCAAAAUCACAAUGUCGCAACAACUAGCGCUACCUCGGAUCGUCCGACGACGCUUGGCCGCCGUUCUCAAGUCAAGAACAGUUACAUUGAGACCUGCGCAGAGGAGAUGGAUGACUCCUGCGCCAAAACCUGGAGAUGGGCCCAUGAUGUCGAGGAGGGCGGAUCGAGAGCUUCCAGAUGUAGCUGAUGUGACAUUCCGCUGGCGCCGUACUUUCCCCAUCUUCCUCCUCAUCGUGGCCGCUUCAUCAGUCGCUAUCUUCAACUACCAAAAGAUGUCCUCACCCGUCGUCUCCUCAACACUUUACGCUCUACGCACCAACCAAGAUGCUCGCGCUCUCCUCGGCGAUGAGAUCUACUUCAAGCACCAAAUCCCCUGGAUCCACGGCGAGAUGAACCAGCUUCACGGCCGUAUCGAUAUCUGGUUCUCAGUACGAGGCACAAAGGGCGAGGGUGUCAUGCGCUUUGCCAGUAACAGACCUACCAGCAAGGGUUUCUUCUCAACUACAGAGUGGAGUCUUACCAUGAGCGAUGGCACAAGGUUGGAUCUUUUGGAUAACGGAGAUCCUUUCAAGGCGCUUAUUGGAGGUGGUGAGGAUCUGCCUGCAGUUGAGGAAGAUGCCCCUACAAGAGGAUUCCGAAAGCAGGUCGAAUACAAGUGAGGCAUGAUGGGCCACUCUAAGGGAACAUGGGAGGCGAGCAUUGUUGUUAAAAUGAAUUUGAUAACCCUGAGUACUCCGGUUGUAGUCGAAUCUGUACAGUAGAUGGUGUGUGUGUGUAUAAUACAAAAAGCCCGCUUAUGAUC